AUGUGUUUACUAUACUUUGGCCUCGCCGCCCUGCUCUUCAGAUAUCCAACCUGUCCGGUUAAUCUUGUUCCACCAACGCCUUCCGUAACCACCGCAGCUCUGCCGCGCCUAGCUCCCGAACUCGAAGUCGCCGAGGGACAUCGAGUCGACGACAGCGAAAUGCUCCUACCACUGGCGAACAGUGUCACGGCUGCGGCAGGGUCAGUUCUCGUGGCUGCCUCGGUGGCGGCGGCACAGAAUGUGGUGCCUUUUGUGAACCCGGCUGUGCCAACAGGCGUUCCAAUACCCGGCAACUAUACCGGCGUCCUCCGGCCUCGUGUGCAUUUCACCCCACCGCAGCAUUUUAUGAACGAUCCGAACGGCAUGUUUAGGGACGCAAACGGUAUAUGGCAUGUCUACUACCAAUACAACCCGACAGGUCUGGUCGCAGGAAACCAGCAUUGGGGACAUGCCACAAGCCAAGACCUCUAUCACUGGAACAACCAGAAAAUCGCCAUAUUUCCACCCGAGGAGACUAUUUUCGCCUACUCGGGUAGCAUAGUCGUCGAUGUCAACAACACAUCAAAGUUCUUUCCCCCUGGGAAGAAAGAUGGAGUUGUCGCCAUUCUGACAUUAGCUCAAUAUAUGGAAGACGGGACCGCUGGUCCUCAAACUCAAGCCCUAGCCUACUCAAUGGACGGUGGCUUCACAUUCGAGUACUACAAUAAGAACCCAGUCAUCGCAGGCACUAGCAGCCAGUUCCGUGACCCCAAAGUCUUUUGGUACCAACCGCCUCCGGGCUCGCAGUUUAUGCAAGGAUACUGGGUCAUGGCCGUUGCUUACUCUCAGGAAUUUGCCGUCGGCAUCUACACCAGCCCCGACCUACGAGACUGGACGCCCAGGUCAAACUUCACUAACCGUGGACUGUUGGGGGCCCAAUACGAAUGCCCAGGGAUUGUCAAGAUGCCCAUAAAGGACGGCGUCGGCGGCCCGGUCAUCGGCGAGGCGUACGUCCUCAUCGUAUCGGUGCAGCCCGGUGCACCACUCGGAGGUUCCGUAACCCAGUAUUUCCCUGGCAAAUUCAACGGCACACACUUUUUUCCUUUCGACGACGCCACCCGCCUUACCGACUUUGCCAAGGACAACUACGCAGCCCAGUAUUUUGAGGGCGUGCCAUCAAACAUGAAUGCCGUCAACAUGGGAUGGGCCAGCAACUGGGCUUACGCACAGUCGACACCAACCGGCCAGCUUGAGGGCUGGAGGGGCGGCCUUACCCUGCCGCGAUCAAACUACCUGACAAAGGCUCCAAGGAUUGGCUGGAUCAUGGUCGACGAGCCAUAUGACUUGACGCCCGUGCUCGCUGUCGACCCUAAGGACGGAGACUGCGAGCUGGCAGAGGCCGACUCGAAAUCCGUCGAUAUGACAGCCUGGAACUCUGGGGCUUUCCUGCUCGACGUGCUCGUCACGGGCCUCGAGUUCAAAAAGCUCAACCCCGACGCUUCUCUCAACUUUACUCUAUCGGCCCCUGGAAAUUCGAGCGAGUCACUCAAAUUUGGCAUGUUCUUUGCCGGAGAUAUGCCCUUCUUCAUAGACCGGGCUGGUGCACGAAGCCUGUUCCAAGACAACGUCUUUUUCACCGACAAAUUCUCGACGGCUGAUGUGUGGGACACGAGGCCAGGGUCAAAUUGGACGUUGAGGGCAAUCAUUGACAGAUCGAUAGCAGAGUUCUUUGUGGAUGGAGGGAUACACUCAGCGACUGUUUUGAUCUUUCCAACCCAACCGCUAACGGUGCUGGGUGUGCAGAGCGGUGGGCUGAAUACAGGCGCAAAGGUCACCCUCUCAGUCAGGCCGCUGCAAGAUACUUGGGUGCAAAAUGGACGGUCACCGAGCUGUGAUGCUGACAGCGGUGACGAUGACGCAUAA